AUGUCAGGCGCGAUGAGCUCCUGGAGUCCACUGGAUCAAAAAUCUUCUGUAUCAUGGCCAGAUAUGAACAGACCACCCGGAAGCUUUGGUGGUGGAAAUAGCUCUAGAAAUUGGUGUGAUGCAGUGGAUUACCGUGAGGUCGCAAGCUUUGUAUUGUUUGCGCUAUUCAUGGUGGUCGAUGUAGGUCUUGGCGUCACGGUCUGGGUCAAGUUUUUCAAAUUUGUUGUUGAACCUGAUCAACAUCGUUCACGUGCUACAUGGGGAGGUAUUUGGUUACUUUUUACUAGUAUUUUCUUCUAUGUACGGCGUCUCGUACGCUCCCGAGCAGACACACACUUGCGUUGUAUGAUGGACCACGCCGAGAUCUUUAUGGCCAUGUCACUUGUCAUGGUUUUCUCCAUCAAUAUUGCUUUUUAUCUGCACGUGCCUACCGUCACGCCUCUCAAGGACUUGGGCUUUAUGAUCAUACCGGAGCAAGGCCUCCACUCCAAGUGGCGACCUGUGAGCGACAUCCUCACGGCCGGCGUGCCCGUUUUGUUCUUGCUACAGACAGUUGGUAUGACGCGUCCUAACCGCUGUCGUCUCGUCUCGUCUUUUUUUCGCGUUGCCACAAUCAGCUACUUUCUCCGUAUGCUAACAGUGCCCGUGACAUCGCUUCCUGGUCCAGCGCCACACUGUCGCGCCGGUAGCCCAGACUACAUUCCACCUACUUCCUGGAUUGAUAUUGUUACGCGUGUUGGACCUCUUUACGGCAAUUAUAACUCGUGUGGUGAUCUAAUCUUUUCGGGCCACAUGGCGUACACGAACGUGGCUGUGUUGCUAUACCUGCGGACGAUGGAUCGCAAUUUUACCAACUCUACCGUUUCAAAGAUGCGCUGGGCUUGCGGGAUGUCGUAUCUUACGAUCUUGGCGGUAUUGUGCAUCGCUGGACGCAAGCAUUACACGGUCGACGUUGUGCUGGGAUUGAUCAUUUCAACACUAGUGUUUUUCCACUUUGAGCACAGCUGGACACCUCUGUGCUUCCAGGUCCCGUAUGGUCUACUACCACUGACAGACUUGCAGUUAAUGUAUGGUUCACAAUGGCGGAAACGUUUUAGUAUGGAUAUAACGGAUGAGUCAUUAAAUGAGUUGGAUGAUACUGAAGAAGGCGAAGAAUCUCGACGAUUGCUCAAGACAAACGCAUCAACAUAUACCCAAGUGCAGCUUAUUUGCUGA